GCUUUAAAAUAAUUGUUGGUGUAACCGUUAGAUUUUGACCAAGCAGUGAAGAAAGUAAUCUUGAUUGGAUUUGAAAUUUAUAGCAACAAAUGCGAGUAGUUAUUUUGGGCAAGAUUUGAAUUUACAAGUCUGAUUUCCAUUUCUCAGGAGACAGACUGGAUUCUUUACUCCCAGCCUUGGGAGCCUUUCAGUUGGUCCGUUGCCUUUUCAAAUUUCCAUUUCUUACAGAUGAACUUAACGCAGCUUUGAUGAAAUGUAAAGGCCAAAAAACCAGGUCAUUUUACCACAUCAUGACUGGAUUUUUGUUGGAACUAUGUUGGGUUCACAAUGUAGGUCACAGGGUAUAAUUAGGAUUGAUAUCAUUUGCUACAGUUGAAGGGGUUUAUUGGAGUAAUCUGGACUGGGCAGUUCAAGGGUUUUGUUUUAUAAUUUUGAAUUGGAUUUUCAUUGGGAUAAAAAGAAUGGGCCCCCGGCGAAUUGUUAUUGAAAUUAGCUCAUCGUCGGAUGAAGAUAUAAGUCCCAAUUGCAAGACCAAGAAAACCUUUCAUUACAAACGCCCUUCUGGUGAGAAGAGGGUUUCUGUCAUAAGGACGUCUUCUUCUAAGAAGUAUAAAAAGAAGAAACGGGACAUCGUACAAUUUGAUGAUGACUGCAUUAUUUUGGAUUCUGACCCAGACAAGAGGGAUUUCGGAUUGAAUGUACAGUUAAACGGAUCACCAAAGGAUUUGCUUGUUGUGGCAGAGCGUGGACAGGUUGCAUGCAGAGAUUAUCCUCAUGCAAGGCAUCUCUGUAUGAAAUUUCAUUUCAAAAGUACGUCACAUCACAAGCAUUGCGAAUUGUGCUACUGUUAUGUAUGUGAUGUUCCUGCUCCGUGUUCCGACUGGAACAAUCUACGGGAUUCUAGUCAUUGCCAUGCUUCAGACAAGGAUGAUUUAUGGAAAAUGCGAAGGAAAGCGCAGAAGUUGGCAUGCACUGCUGUUAAGUUUUGACUCUCAAUGACUAUAAUUAGCUUCAGCCCUCCCAGUUAAGGUUGGUAGUGCAAGAGUGGUUGCACCUAUCCUUUGUGUAGGUUCACUUUUGUUGGCAUAAUUUCAAUGCCUUUUAUAAUAUGUUAAGAGGUGAUGAAUACCUCUCAUUUUCCCACAGAAAGCUUGGUCCUCUGAUUUUGGUUCAGAAGGUUUACUUAUUUUAUUGUUAUCUCAAUCAUGUCCCAGGCGAAAUGUAUUAUACUUUGGAAACAUGAUUUUUUGGAAGUCCCAUAUUAAUUGAAAAGAUAUUUGUGUACUUAUGUACCUGGAAAUUUCAGAAUUGCGAAAAUUAUUCUCUGUUGGAAGACAAUCAAGGUAAUAAUGGAUUUUGUAUUAACCUUGAGAUAAUGAUACGAGUUUGUCGGUUAUGAGGUAAAUGAUUUUGGUAUUAUAUUGCA